AAGCUCAAUCUUUCCUAAACAAUGACAAAAGAAAUUCCUACAAAAUUUCUCCUUUUGUGCUUAGCCAUUUUCUUUCUAUGCAACAUUGUUUAUGCCUCCCAAAUCGAAGGAAUGUUUGUGUUUGGAAGCUCUCUUGUUGACAAUGGCAACAACAACUUCCUCCUCACACUUGCCAAGGCAAACUUCUCACCCUAUGGCGUCGACUUUCCCGUUGGACCUUCCGGUCGAUUUACAAAUGGGAAGAAUGUGAUUGAUCUUCUCGGAGAGGAGCUUCAGCUUCCUCGUCUGAUUCCAGUAUUUUAUGACCCUUCAACCAAGGGAAGAAAUAUUGUUCAUGGUGUUAACUAUGCUUCUGGUGGCUCUGGUAUAUUAAAUGAUACAGGCUCAAUUGCGGGCAAAGUGGUGAGUCUAAAUGAACAAAUCAAGAACUUUGAGGAGGUGACAUUGCCAGAUUUAAAAACUCACAGGGAUUUUCUACAGAAUUAUUUGUUUGUUGUGGGAAGUGGAGGGAACGAUUACUCAUUCAACUACUUCAUGAGACAGGCCAACGCCAAUGUUAGUGUUGAAGCCUUCACUAAUAAUCUUAUCAAGUCAUUGUCUCAGCAACUCAAGAAGUUAUACACUUUAGGAGGCCGAAAGUUCGUGUUAAUGUCAGUAAAUCCACUUGGUUGCAACCCAGUGGCUAGGGCAUCUCAGCCGAUGGGUGAGGACGACUGCAUACAGGUUUUAAAUCAGGCGGCUCACCUCUUCAAUGCUCGGUUGAGAUUAACAGUUGAUUUUAUAAGGCCCCAAAUGCCUGGCUCCACUCUUGUUUUCGUUAACUCCUACAAGAUUAUCAGGGAUAUCAUCAGGGAUCCUGUCUCCAAUGGAUUUAAGGACACAAGGAAUGCUUGCUGUGAAGUUUUAUCAGUGAAUGAAGGUGGAAAUGGGAUUUUGUGCAAAAGAGGAGGACAAGUUUGUGCAGAAAGAAACAUUCAUGUUUUCUUUGAUGGGUUGCAUCCAACAGAGGCUGUGAAUAUUCAAAUAGCUAAAAAGGCUUUUGGUUCUUAUAAUAGAGAUGAAGUUUAUCCCAUUAAUAUCAGAACACUAGCCCAACUCUAGAUCUCUCCACUCUCAUUCAUUGUGUUGUAGCAGAUGUUUCUGAUUUAUAAUGCACUUCAAAAUUUAACUCA